CAGAGAUCAGUAAGAGAAUCUCAUUUAAAAAAAGGACUGAACCUCUAAAGCACCAUUUCUGCAGCUGUUGGGGUGAGCAGUGCCUUGGCCAUCAUUUCAUUGAACACACUCAAAAGGCCUGUGCAUCGUUUUGAGUGGGCAGAGCUGCUCCUGGCUGUAUUCCUUAUCUAGGGGCAGGUCAUUGGACCAAACACCACACAGAGACAGGUAGGGAUGCCCAGGGAUGAGGAAGGCCAUGAGAUGCAGCACUUUGCACACUCCAGCUCAGAUCCAUUUCCCCAGAGCCUACCAACAGUAAGGCAGACCAAUCUUAUUGAUCUCUGACAGCUUUUGCAGGACAGUGGUUUUCAAUCUGUUCCUUGGCUUUUGAUGAGGCCUCCAUAGUGCUGUUUCCUUCUGCCCAUGCCACUGUCCCUGCAACAGCCAGUCCUUUGGGCAGCCAGAGUGUCUGAAACGAUGAUCAGAUAUUUAACAUGAAAUUCAGGAUCAGGAGACAGGGCCUUCUCUUUUCCAUGCCAGAGACACUAAACCAGAAAAUCCUAUAACUGUAUGCUUUUAGCAAAUGCCAUGGGAUGUCACCAUGCUCUGCAACUGAGCAGCAUCAGUACCCCUAACUGAAUGGAAAGGCUGGAGGGCAUUGGUGCAGGAGGCAGCGGGCAGGUCUGGGAGAGAGUGCCAGCUCCUGUCCCUUGGCCUUGGCACCUCAGCUCUCCUCUGCCCAUGACACAGGAGUAUCCACUGCAGAGGUUUCUCUGGGACAGGCUGGCCAGCGGGAUAGGAUUGCACUGCUGCCCAUUAGCAUAUUAGCCUGUUACCACUCUGAUGCUGCCUGUGAUAAGUGUCCCCAAAGAACCUAUAAAUAAGUAACUAAACAGCCUGUCUUAUGCAUCUUAAUUAUUUGUAGGCCAAGAGGACACGAACCUUUUGAAGGUGGCCUUGCCUCCUCUACAGGUCCAAGCAGUCUGUCCUUCAGACACUGAAAACCAUGCAGCGGCAUAAACCAGCUUCCAUAACCAGCAGCACACUGAGGCACAUCACAGUCAUUAAAAAGUGGAAACCAGUGUCUCCAGGGGAAGACAGGGGUGAGGGAAAUAAAGCACAUGUUAGGCCGUUUUGCAGGAUCAGGGAGGAACUCAAGUGUCUGCCUUGUCAUAUGGCAUAGCUCACAGUCCUGGGAAGUGAAUUCUGCUGGCAUGGGGUUCCCCUGUGCAUUUGGAUUAUCUGUCUGGAUACUCCCAAUGGGAUUAGAAUUUACUGUCUGUAGUUGAUACAGAGGUGACUAUAUUUCAUUGAUAGAUGACAUAGUUUAAAAGCAGCAGGAUGCAACUUGGGAAAAGACAGUAAGGAAAAAUUAGGGAUUAUGAUUUAGCCUGGCAGUCAUGCUCCCAAACAUGAGAAGCCUCUUACUUAGGCCUCCUUCCUUGAGGGGAAACCAUGGUGUUUCCCAAACACUAGUUAAAGCAGACUCACAACUACCUCCAUUUUCUGUGGUGGUCUCAGAAUUCAGUCUCAUUGUACCACUGCCCUGGCACAGAGUGCAUUUCAGAUUUACAUGGUCACGAUGGUCAUUUGCAGGUGACGUCUCCUUGGAAGAACUACAGAUGCCCUAAAUAGGUGCCAUAGCUGUUUGUUCAUUUUCUGCUGCUGGCUGGUGAAUAUGGAUCAAACACUCAACCCAUGCAACAGGUCUUGCACCAGAAGCGCACACUUCUGUGGAGAUAAUAAGACGCUUAUAGACCCUCUGGUGCUGAAGAAGAAGCUCAAUAGGAUGGCAACAGAGCAAGGAGCCUUUGCUGUUCUCAGCAGCCUGCUGCAAUACGUCACCGAGCUUGCAGCUGGCGAUCCACAGAUCAGCAACAAGAGGACAAAAUGGGCAGAAGGUAAAGAAAAUCAGGUGAGCUUUAACCAGCCAUGUCCAGAUCCAGUCAGGGUUCAGUAUCCAACCAGAUUUCAGCUCUUGCGGUCCAGGUUUCUAAACAACAAUCGCGAGCCGUACACCAAGAAGAGAAGAGAAGUUGGCAAACUGGUCAUUAAAGAGAAGAUGUGGGUGAGCAGGGCUGGUAACAAGCUGGACAGAAGUAGAGACAGGAAGGGAGAUGGAAAAGCAGUGGAUGAGGAUGCAGGCACAGCACCCAGUGACAGGGCAAGGUGGACUAAUGUCACUGGAAAAAACACAGUGAAGAACAUCCUCAAGAAAUUUUUAGCUGCUGAGGAAAAAGAAGCCAAGGAGAAGUCUCCCAGCUGGAAAAAGAAGGAAGCAAACAGCAGUUUGCCAAAAAUAGUCAACAAGAAUUCAGUCUUGUCCAAACUGAAGGAGAAGUUUGAACAAAGCACUCUCUGCUCAGCUGCAGACGUGAAAACAUCGCUCUUGCGCAAAGGUGAGAAAAAGACUAAAAACUUCCCCAGCAGAAAAGCUAUUCAUAAGCCUGAGGUCAGAGUGCUGCGCAUGGCAGCAAUGACAGCCACAGGGAUAAAGGGUCCAGAGUCCCAAAAUUUAGUGUGCUCCAUGGUCCCAGUGCCCAGACUCAGCAUGGCUACCAAAAUUAACCAUCCGUGGAGUUGGUCGAAAAAUAAUGCCACAAAGCAGCCUUUUGAUCAUGGCACACUACUGAAGGAAAAGGAGGGAUCCAACAGAGACCACAGAGGGGACAAAACUCUGGGAAAUGCAGCACAGGACAAGGAGGACAAAGAAGAGUUACUGGUGGCACCAGAGGCCAUGUCAGAUGCAAAGGACUGUGCUGAGGCUAAAACAGAUUCCACAAAACAGGGACCCAACUUUCAUCCUGUUCUAAAUAACUCUUCAACUACUCACAGAAACAAAGCUCUUGCAGACUGCAUCCCCCCCUUACCUGAAUGUGCUCUAGAUUAUGAGAAGACUAACAUGCCAGCUGGGCCUGACACAUCUUCACUAUUGGGAAUUACCAACGCUCUGCAACAUGUUAAAGAAAACAGCCUGCCUUCUGAGUCACCUGACUGUAGCACAGCUGAAGGAUCCCAUGAACAAUGUCCUCAGGAUACUAAACCAGGAGAGAUUCCUGAAAUAUCUCUGUAUGUAUACUGUUCAGAUGAAGAUGACACAGAGCUCACAGAGCCAGAAAAAGAUCCUUUCUUUGCAGGCCAAAAAUGUGUUCCAGAGCAGAAAGCACUGGAAAACAUACUGCCAUUUUACUCUCCAAAAUUUUCAGCAUCUUGUGAAGUUGAGCCUUCGAUGGAUGAUCGACAGCUAACAGUCCUAAUACCAGCUUCUGGCACAAAGCCACCAAUAGAGGCACUGGAUUUAAGAGGCAAAUGUUCUGAGGAAGCCAAAAAAGAAGCAACAUUUUACAAUGAAGACAGAAUGUCUUCUAGCAAAAAUUUUAGUGAUAUCCCAAAUACAGAGCAGGAGGAAAAUAAGACACCCAACAGCCAAAUGCAAAAUGAAUUAAAAACCAUGCAGCCUCAGCCUCCUCAAAUGAAUUUUAGCUCACAAAAUAACUUUAAUGUUUCCAGUGGGGACAUGCAAGUUCCAGACACAAAUCAGAAUAAACCUACACUCUCCUCAAAUGACAGCCAGGAGCCAAAGCCUGGUGCUGCAGCAGAAGAGGACACCUCUUCUCCUUUGGAAAAGACACAAAGCCCUUUGCCAGAUGAACUUAUGAAGCACAGUUCCUUUAUUUCAGAAGAAGAUUUUGGAAAGGACAAAUUAUCUUCAUCAAAUGAAGUGAUGAAUCACGCAAACAAUCAAGCCCUACAAAGGAGUUCUUUAACUGACCUGGAGACCUGCCACAAGCCAUCUGAAUCUGUCAUUGAGUAUGAAGAGGACACGGCAGAUGAGAUGUCCUGGCCUGACUCUGAGGCAUGGAAGUCACCCUUGUCAACCCCUUUACCAAUAUUGAUGAGUGGGAUUGCAGGACAAAGUAUCCAUCGCACUCUUGGAAAUCCUCCUGCACUUCCACCUCUGGAUCUGGUGGGACAGGGAGCUGGUGCUGUGGAACAUGAGCAUGACAGCCAUGGCUGUGAGAAGCACCCACACCCCGCUUCAGAUGAGUUAACAAAUGGUGGGAAUGACACAAUGGGGGAGAAGAAAACCAUGUGUGAUUUUAAGAACCAAGCACUAUUCCCAGAUCAUGCAACAGAAAAUGAAAACUCUACAGACAAAGAGACAAAUACAUGUCAGAGACUUGAGAGCUGUCUUUCACAUUCAACCACAAAGCCAGGAAAACAUGAAAAUAAAACCACACUAGCAGGAAAUCCCCUAUUACCCUUGGAGAAGAGCCAAACACCAAUAUUAGAUGAUACCAAAAAAAAAGGUUGUGGUAUGCUAGAAGAGAACCCGAUUCCUUCAUCAACUGAAUUGGUCUCAGACCAAAAGAAGGAUGCAAAAAGUAGAAAUAAAAUAUCUGAACACGUAAGGGAUAAGCCCUUUUCCUCAGAUAAUGACAUGAACUAUGAAAUUGAUAGCAUGGAGGCAGAGGAGAAAGAAGAGAGAAAUGUCUUGCAUAAAUUUGAGCAGGAACAAGUAUUCACACCAAAUAAUACUAUGGACCAUGAUAAUAACUCUUCAAAGGAGAAUGAUGCUCACAGUCUUCAAACAUCCCAGUUACCUUCAUCAGAGCAUGAUACCAACAUUCAAGGAGUGAAAAAUACUGGAGAGAGUUUGGAGAAUCUAGCAUCUCCAAGAGAUUUUAUGGAACACAAACAGGAUGUGACAGGAGAUGAAAACAUCUAUUACAAUAAUGGGAAAAACCACCUGCACCCAUCAGAUGAGCCAAUGAAACAUACAAAUGACAGUGAAGGGCUAAAAAAUGGCAAGUCAGACUUCAACAAUUAUUCAAUGCCACCAAUACAUAGAAGUCAGGACAAUAAGAUGGCUGAUGAGGACAAUACCCCUCUAGAGACACAGAAACAGAUGUCACCAGGUGACCUCGUAAAGCCUGAAACUGAGCCAGACAAAAAAGAGACUAAACAUACCUCUGAGAAGUUCCAGUCACCUCCUUCAAACAAAGUGCCAAAUUGUCAAGACAGAAGCUCUUCAGGAGAGAGGAAGCAAAAGACACCAGCAGCAGAAGACACUGGAUCACCCGAAACAGAGGUAGUAAAAGAGGAUAUUGAGCAGCAGUUUUCUGGGAAACACCAGCUACCUCCAUCAAGAAAAUCAGAAAUGCAUGAGAAAAAUAUUCCAGAAGACAAACAGCAAAUGAGAUUUGAAGAUUUUCUGACACCUGAUAUAAAUACUGCAAAAGAGAAAGAUGGGCUCCCAAGUUCCAGAAAGUGUCCAUCAAUACCACCAGAAAUAUUGAUUAAGCCUCAAGAAAAAAUUAUUUCAGAACAAAACCAAAAACCAUCAGAUUCUUCAGGUGUUAAGAAGCCUGGUACUAAUUCCAUAAAAGAAAAGGAUAGAGAUCCAGAUUCUGAGAAGCUGCCUUCUUCAAAUGAAGUGCUGAAACCUCAAGAAAAAAGUGCUUCAGAAGAGAAGAAGCAAAAGACACCAGCAGGAGAGAACAGCAGGUCACCUGAACAAAAGGCUGUAAAAGAGAAAGAUAAAUACCAAGGUUCUGGUAACCAUCCAUUACCUCCUUCAAGUACAUUAUUGAAGCCUGAGAAAAAUAUUCCAGGAGGAGAAAAACGAGAAACUGUAUCUGAAAGUUUUACAAAGCCUGAUGCAAAUGCUGUAAAAGAUAAAAGCAAAGAUCCAGGUUCUGGGAUGUGCCAGUCCCCAUGCUCAAAUUUGCCUGUGAAGUCUCAAGAAAAUAAUGCCACAUUCAAAAAGGAGCAGUUUCCACCACCACGUGAUGAAAAACCAAGGUAUAAAACUGGUAGUCCAGAAAAGAAGAGUGAACCUGAGAGAAGAGAGAAAUACCAGCUGGGCUCUUCAGCUCAGUCAGAGGGGCACAGCAAUGAUGGCUCAGGAGAGGAGGGCCCUGUGGGUGAUUUCAGAAGCUAUCAAGCUCCAUCACCAAGCAAUGGCAUAAACUGUAAAAGCAGUGCUGUCCCAAAAGAGACCAGUUUGUCUAAUAGAGAGAAAUCCCCCAAAUCAUUCUCAUCAUUACAUGUUGCAUCAAAAGAGGAGGUAAAUGCUGCUGGAAACAGAGAAAAGCAGCCUGGAUUUAAGAAGUACAAAGCGCUCUCGUCAAAGACUUUGGUGAGGCAUGAGAAAGAUGCUGCUGAAAGGGAGGGGAGUGGGCAGGCAGCUGGCAAAACCAGUGAGAAAAAGGCAGAGCUGGAGGACUGCUCUAAAGCAACGCCAUUCUCAAAAUACACAGUGGAAAGCUACAGUGAAGGAUCCUUAGAUUCAGCUUUCAAACCAUUGAUCAUUAGAGUAACUGACACAUUUAAACAUCACAGCUAAAAAUUACGGCUACAGCUUAGGCAAGAACUUACAACAGAUCAUGCUACCGAUUCACUUGAUCUUUCUUUUCUCCUUUUUUCUCCAGGGCAUUAUAUUAUCAUUUUUUAAUCACAAGGACAUUGAUGUGCAUCUAUCAGAGCUAGGGUUUUUUUUCUUUCUUAAGCAUUAGCCUGAAGACAUGAAUUAAAUUAAUCACUGCAAGCGAAUUAGCUAAUCACUGAAUUAAUCAUCAGUUUAUAAAUUAAAUAUGAGAAGGGCUUUGAGAUCAGCAUGAAUUCAGCCCUGCUUCAAAUUCUCCUUGCUAACUAAUGGGCUUUGUUUGUAACAAAGACAACUGUUCAGGCUGAACUCUAUUUGUAUUUACUUGUUCUAAUGAAACUCUGCUAGUACUUCUUCCAGGAAUAGUGGAAGGCAGUGUAGCUUUAAUUAUGUCAAAAAGCACUUGUUCUAAGCUCUGCCUUUUCACAGAUUAGCAGGAACUGUUGAUCUAUUGCUGCACUGAGUGACGUUGUUAGCAGAUGUAGUGAGGGAAGGAGGGGAAACCUUCAUUUAUCUGCAAAAAAAUCCUCAAAGGACAUUGAUGCUACAAGAGGAUUUACCACAAAUGCAAAUGGUCAGACUCAUUAAUAUUAAUAUUGGAAAAAUUGUGAUUUAACCUCCUCUGAAGCUAUUUGCACUUUGGCCAUACACACUGUAUGCACUAUUGUUGUAAAGGUACGCCAUUUCAAGUGGUUCUUAAUUACUGCAAAUGAAUAUGCAACAAGUGUAAGAGCUCAAAAAUGCUCAACGCUGAAAGGCCAUGAAGACAAGGUAAGCCAGAGGGGCUCAACACUUUGACAUAGCAAUUCAGCUUUCCUGGGACAUCUGUCCCACUCUAAAUGCCGGGGCACACAGACAUGAGGCAGGUGCCUCAGCUGACAUUAAAGUCUUAGGAAGCUUUUAUUUUACAAUGCAAUGUGAAACACAGCAGUAAAAAGCAGCCAGUGUCACUGAAUCCUAAAAACAGGGUAAAUUUUUGCGUUUACAAUAAUAGCAUCUUAUGCAAAAGGUUUGUGUGUGAUAAACGUUGUUUUGGAGAAGUGAGGGCAGGGCUGCUGCCUGGGGUGUCUCAGUAAAGCUGUGACAGACAGAACAUCUCACAGUGCCAGCUCUCCCAUACAGGAGUUUAUCUCAGCAUUGUAAUUGCACAUUCGUAUUAAAACUUACUGUGGAGGAGCCCCAAAGGCAUAUCCUAAGGACUCAACUUCAGCAGGACAGAGGGUUCAUACAAACAGGGCCCUGCUUCCUUAUGGCAGUGAAUUCCCUUCCAUUUUUAUUAAUUCCCUUCCAUUUUUAUUAUUUAGCACAUUCUGCAGCUGAGGUCUGGCUGUUCCUUAAGCACAGGUCGGCAGAAUGCCCCCACCCACUGCUAUCAAGAGAUUUAGGACAAGAGCAGGCUGGCAGCAAGCUGAGAUCAAGCCCAUUUGCCAGCACAAUAUAUAUGAGUCACAUACAUGACAACUGCGCUGGCCCCAUUGGGGACAUGGCUGAGAGGAAGUGGGAACGCGAACAUUGUGUCUCCUGACCACUGAAGAGGCUUAAACUUUGACUUCUUUUUCCUUCCCAACCUGCCAAGAAUUAGGCUUUCUGGCAUGUAGAGGGUCACAAAACAAAAAUUUUAUUUAUGCAUCACACCAGUCCUCAAAAACUAAAAUAGAUUUUAUUUGAAAUACAACACUGCCCUUACACUCAGGGUUUACUUUGCCCACCAAACUUUUAUAAGCUGGCAACCAUAAAGGCCAUUUUGUACUAAACCAAAAGUGUAAUUUACUUUUUAUUGUCCAUUAUUUCAUUUCACAUUUGAGAAAAUUGUUAAAGCAUAGAGCAUUUGCACCAGACUUGAAGAAUAAAUUCUCUGUUAGCUGGCUUCUUCUGCCUGUACAGGAAAAUCACAGAAGCAUAGAAUUGUUGUGGUUGGGAAAGAUUUCUAAGACUGUUGUGUCCACCCAUUACCCAGCACUGCCAAGUCCACCACUAAACCAUGUCCCUAAGCACCACAUCCACAUAUUUUUUGAACACUUCCAGGGAUGGUGGCUCCACCAUUUCCCUGGGCAGCCUGUGCCAAUGCCUGACACUCAUUUUGGUGAAGGAAGUUUUCCUAAUAUCUAAUCUAAAGUUCUCCCAGCACAACUUGAGACCACUCAAGUUUUGAGUGGUCUCAGGUCUUGGACUAUUGGGGUCCAAGACUUGCUGGACUUGUCUAUUGCUUGUUACCUGGGAGAAGAGACCAACACAAACCUCACUACAACCUUCUUUCAAGUAGUUGUAGAGAGUGAUGAGGUCUCUCCUCAGUUUCCUUUUCUCCAGGCUAAACACCACAGCAGGUCCUCAUCAGACUUGUGCUCCAGACCCUUCCACCAGCUCCAUUGCUCUUCUCUGGACAUCGUCCAGCCCCACAGUCCUUCUUGCAUCUAGAAGCCCAAAAGAGAGCACAGAAUUUGAGGUGUGGCCUCAUUGGUGUUGAGUACAGGAGGACAAUCACUGCCCUCCUCCUGCUGGUCACACUAUUGCUGGUACAGGCCAGGAUGCCAUUGGCCCUCUUGGCCACCUGAGCACUGCUGGCUCAUGUUCACCCCUAGGUCCUUUUCUUCCGGGGAGAUUUCCAGCCUCUCUGUCCUUGUCCAGGUCAUUAAUAAAGGUAUUAAACAGGACUGGACCCAGUACUGAGCCCUGGGGAACAUCACAGGUGACCAGACAACAGAUGGAUGCAACUCCAUUCAGCCUCACCCUCUGGGCCUGGCCAUCCAUCUGGUUUUUUACCCAACAAACAGUUCAACCUUCCUAGCCAUGAGCAGCCAGUUCCUCCAGGUCAGUGCUGUGGAAAACAGAGUCAAAGGCUUUAUUAAAGUCUAGUUAGACAACACACUCAGCCUUUCUCUUAUCCACUAGACAUGUCACCUUCUCAUAGAGGGAGUUUCAAUUAAUCUAAUUAGAAUUUAAUUAUUCUGAUUAGAAGCCACUAUUCUCAAUAUCUCAAUUAUUCUUUUGCUAACCUUUUAAAAGAAACUGGGGGGAAAGUUGCCCCUUAUUUGCACCUGGAAAUAUUAUUACUCUUUAACAAAUUGAAGGAAUUCUUGUCUCUGCCAGAAAGUAAGACAAAUAUUAAACAGGUGCUUCCCAGAAGAGCUUGUCCUUGGGCACCACGAAGCCCAUAGGUCUUUCACUUUAUACCUGCCUUGUGUGAUUUUCUCAACAGAGAUGCAACACUAGCAGACUAAGAGGCAGCAUCCUGUGUUCAGGGUAAGCCAGGCAGGGUCAUCUUGUGGGGGUCAACUUUUAGGCUGUUGCAUGCCUUAAUCUCUGCUGGUAAAAUAAAACAUCCAUGCAAG